AUGUCUUCGUUCUCAAAUCAGGAUCAAAGUAAUGAUAAUCAGUCACAGGAAAAUAAUCUAAGGAAAGGGCCAUGGACCGCAGAAGAAGAUGCAAUACUGGCAGAAUAUGUGACAAAACACGGACCAGGAAAUUGGAACAUAGUGCAGCAAAACACUGGACUACUUCGUUGUGGGAAAAGUUGUCGUUUAAGGUGGACAAAUCAUCUAAGACCAGAUCUAAGGAGAGGUGCAUUCAGCAAAGAAGAACAAAGCAAAGUCAUUCAGUUACAUGCGGUGAUGGGAAAUAAAUGGGCUAAAAUGGCACAGGAGUUGCCUGGACGAACAGACAAUGAAAUCAAGAACUUUUGGAACACUAGACUGAAGAAAAAGAAACGAGUUAGCUUAGAACUCCACCCAGAUGGCAUAAAACCUGUGCUUGAUGCCCACAACCCAAACACUACUCUAGCUACCUACACUCAUCGUGACGAAGUAGUAGGGACAUCAUCUCAACAUGCCAUGUUAAAUAAUUUCCUUAACACUCAAAAUCAACCACUCCCUGUACAACCAGUUUCUAUGGUACGUGAAAACAUGAAACCACCUCAAGAAAUGCAACCGUCUGAAAUACCUCGGCAACUACAACUACCUGAAGCAGGUAGAUCAUCUUAUGUACCAUAUCUGGUGUUCAACAAUUCCAGUGACACUCCAAAUCAACCACUGCAACCAAAUUCUAUGGUACGUGGAAACAUGAAACCGUCUGGCAUACCUCAAGGAAUGCAACUGUCUGAGGUGCCUGAAGAACUACAACGACAAGGUACAUCAUCAUCUUAUGUACCACAUGUGGUGUUCAACAAUUAUAGUAACGCUCCAAAUGAACCACUGUGUGUACAAGCAAUUUCUAUGGUACGUGAAAACAUGGAACCGUCUGGCAUACCUCAAGAAAUGCAACUGUCUGAGGUACCUGAGGAACUACAACUAUCUGAAGCAGAUUUUGAUGCGUUACAGGGAGAUUUCGCGAAUGAUGACUAUGCAUGUUUAGAUGGCCUUUCUUCUACAUCAGAGUUGCCUCCAUUGCCAUCAUGUCAUGACUUAACAUUUGAAGAGUCAAUGAUAAUGAGAGAGAAUUCUCAGGCUGAGACUAACCAGUAUUAUGUGCCACGCUCUCCACGUAGCAAUGGGUAUUUGGAGUCUAUCUUUUAUCCACCAAAGGUUUCGCAAGAACAAGAUGAUUUUUCCAUGCAAGGGGAGUUGAAUAUGAGAAAUGCCACAGAAAUUUCCUACCAGAGAAAACCUGAAAAUGAAGAAGUUUUGGGUGACUUGAUUUGGCCAGAGAAUCAACAUGAUGAUGCUUUAUAUGGCUAUCGUUCUUUUUUGAAACCUUAA